GCAUUUCUCCCCUCUGCAGCUGUGUAUAUAAGCUGCUCCCUCGCAGCCUGCAGAAUCACCGCUCUACUAAGCCACAGCCAUGGUUUUCUGCAGACUUCUCACUGUGCUGGUACUGAUCCACAGCAGCCAAGAUUUGCUUGGGGCUGAGGUGGGGAGCUCCAUCGUCGGGGGGCAGAGCGCUUCAAAGGGCAGCUGGCCGUGGAUGGUCCACCUUAACAUCACAUCUAAUGGUAUCAACAAGUGGCGUUGUGGCGGCACCAUUCUCAACAGUGAGUGGGUGCUGACUGCUGCACACUGCUUUGAUAAGCAACUUCGGGUUGAUUUGUCUCGGUCAAUGGUUUGGGUCGGAUCACACAACCUGCGAAAAGCGUCUGCCUGUUACAGGGGCAUCAUUUAUGUCAUCCCUCACCCUGAAUACCGAGCCCUGGGCAGUGGCUACGUGAACGACAUCGCCCUGAUAAAGCUGAAGAAAAAGAUCACAUUCUCAAAGGAUGUUGCCCCAGUGAGUCUGUCCAGUGUUAAAGACACCUUCACUUCAUCAUCUGAGUGUUGGAUUACUGGCUGGGGGGACAUCAAGACAGGUGUUCCACUGCCAGAUCCAGAAACUCUUCAGCAGCUGAAGAUUUCCAUCAUCCCUCAGAGUCAGUGUAAGGCCAAAUAUUCUGAGCUGACUGCUGACAUGAUGUGUGCGGGGGACAUGGCUGGAGGGAAGGGUGCCUGCAACGGGGAUUAUGGUGGUCCACUGGUGUGCAAGGCCGGCAGUGGCUUUGUGCAGGUGGGAAUCAUGAGUUAUGGGAGUAGCAACGGUUGUGCCCUCCCAGACCGUCCUGGCAUCUACACCCAGGUGUCCAAGUACCUGCGCUUCAUCAAUGACUACAUCCACCACAGCGAGGAGGCCUCUGCUGAGGUCUAAGCCGUCCAGUCUGCUUGCCUGACAACCCACCUCAGCUUCUCUCCCCUGCUCAACUGUCGGUCUGUGUCCCUUUAUGCUUCUUGACAUGUAACCUGGAUUAUUCAGUUAAAUUCUUUGCAUUAAAGCCUUAAAGCAUCAA